AUGGAUAUUCGGAAAACCAGUUUUAUGCUAACAUUUGUUAUAAUAACAAAUGCAAUUGUAAGUUCUUCUGAAAAACACAAAGUCCCCGAAGCCGAAAUUCAAAGACUAUUGAAGCAACGCAACAAGUCUCCUAUCAAAUCCAUACAGGGUUCUGAUGGAAGAAUAAUAGAUUGUGUUCAUACCAUGGAUCAACCGAGUUUAGAUCAUCCUUUGCUCAAGAACCACACCAUCCAAAUGAGGCCAAGCGCCUUACCUAAAAGUCGUUCCGAAGAAGAAGAUGCAUAUCGGAAAACAGAAGCCAUGUGGAAUCAGCUUUGGAACGAGAACGAGAGAUGCCCGAAGAACACCAUUCCAAUCAUAAGAACGACAAGAGAAGAUUUGUUAAGAGAAGCUACCCUUAAGAAGAAGUUCCCAUUGCUAAACAGAUCCUAUGUUGACGAUGAUGACCCAGAUGAGCACGAGCACGUAAUAAUGGGAGCUUAUUCGGGAGAUCAAGGAGAAUUCAAGGAAGUAAAGGCGCGUAUAGGAGUAUGGAAUCCCAGAAUCGAGACGGGCGCAAACGAAUUCAGCGUGGCUCAGAUGUGGGUCGUUAGUGACCUCGAGAGUACCACCACCUUGGAAGCCGGUUGGCAGGUUUACCCGGGAAUAUAUGGAGACGUGUGA